CAACAUUUGGUGAAAAAAAGCUGUUCGAAUAAUCUGAAUACGUACUAAACUGUUUAAAAUCUGCUAUCUAGAGACAACCACAGUGGAUUUUUGAACUGGUGGAAGUUUAUUUUUGAUGUUCAGUUCAUUGCUGUUGAUACAGCACUGCCUAUGAAAUGAGUCUCUGUAAGGAGAGAGAGGAUGGUGGUGCUGUACAGACACACACAGCAGCAUCUCCAGAACCCAGCUGUGUGUCUAUGAAAAGUGAGAUGUCCAUAGAGAUCCCACCUAAUCUGUGUGAUGGAGCAGUGACCUCUAACCCUGUAGUUUGGUGUGCAGAUCUGCAGACACACACACUGCUGGAGGAGACUGCAGAUCUGCAACAGGAUUCUUACCAACCAGUCGAUGAUGUUCUGCAGAAAGUCAAAGACCAACACAAAACCAGCAUGAAGAACAAGUAUGAGAGCUUAUUUGAGGGAAUCAAAGUACACAAGAAUCAAACCCUCCUGAAUAGGGUUUACACACAGCUCUACAUCAUAGAGGGAGAAAGUGAAGGAGUGAAUGAAGAACAUGAGAUUUUACACAUGGAGAAAACACCCAGAACACAACACUCACACGACCCUCCAAUCAACUGCAGUGACAUCUUUGAUCUAUUCCCUGAACCAGGACAUAAGAUGGAGAAAAGAAAGAGGAAAGAAGAAAUAAAGACUGUUCUUACUAAAGGCAUCGCUGGAAUUGGAAAAACAGUUUCUGUGAAGAAGUUCAUUGUGGACUGGGCUGAGGGAAAAACCAAUCAGGAUGUAGAUUUCAUGUUUGUGCUUCCAUUUCGAGAGCUGAACUUGAUUACAGAUCACCAGUACAGUCUUCACAAACUUCUGCUUGACUUUCACCCUGAACUUCAAGAUCUGGACUUAAAGAUUUAUGAUGAGUGUAAAGUCGUGUUCAUAUUUGAUGGUCUGGAUGAAAGCAGAAUUACACUGACAUUUUCAGACAGUGAGAAAGUUUCAGAUGUGACUGAGACUUCAUCAGUGGGUGUGUUGAUGUCAAACCUCAUCAAAGGAGAUCUGCUUCCCUCUGCUCUCAUCUGGAUCACCUCCAGACCAGCAGCAGCCAAUCAGAUCCCCUAUGAAUACAUCAAUCGUGUGACAGAGAUUCAGGGAUUCAAUGACCCUCAGAAGGAGGAAUAUUUCAGGAAGAGAAUCAGUGAUGAGCAUCAAGCCAGCAGAAUCAUCUCACACAUUAGAAGAGCAAGAAGCCUCCACAUCAUGUGCCACAUACCAGUCUUCUGUUGGAUCUCAUCCACUGUGCUUCAAAACAUCCUGAAACAAGAUCACAGUGAAGAAAUCCCUAAAACUCUGACUGAAAUGUACAUACACUUCCUGCUCAUCCAGAUUAAUAUGAGGAAUCAGAAGUAUGAUGAGAAAGAUGAGAGAGAUCCAGAGAAACUCCUGCAGUCCAACAGAGAAGUGAUUGUGAAACUUGCUGAACUGGCGUACAAACAGCUGAUGAAGGGCAAUGUCAUGUUCUGUGAAGAGGAUCUGAGAGAGAGCGGCAUAGACGUCACUGAUGCCUCAUUGUAUUCUGGAAUUUGCACUGAGAUCUUUAAGGAGGAAUCUGUGAUUCAUCAGAAGAAAGUCUACUGCUUUAUACAUCUGAGCUUUCAGGAGUUUCUAGCUGCUUUCUAUCUGUUUUACUCACAUGUAGCGAAGAACAUGGAAUCACUGAAGUUGUUUUUGGGUGAAAGAUAUGAGUGUUACAGUUCAAAGAAAAACUGUUUGUAUGAGCUGCUGAAAUCAGCAGUUGAUAAAUCCUUGUUGAGUAAAAAUGGCCAUCUGGAUCUUUUCCUCCGAUUCCUACUGGGCAUCUCACUGGACUCCAAUCAGGCACUCUUACAGGAUCUACUGACACACACAGAGAACAGCUUAGAGAACAUCGAGAGAACAACAAAGUACAUUAAAGACACAAUCGAAGCUGUAAAGUUUGAAAAUGAAGAUGAUAAUGAUGAUUUUGAUGAUGAUGAUGAUGAUGAUGAUGAUGAUUUUGUCAUCAGUAGUGAUGAUGUGGAUGAUGAUGAUGAUGAUAAUGAAAGUCGUGUAGCUGACAGAUCCAUCAAUCUGUUUCUCUGUCUGCUGGAAGUGAAUGAUCAGACUCUGUACAGAGAGAUUCAUGAGUUUUUGAAAUCAGAAAAACACUUAGAGAAUUAUCUCUCUGCUGGUCACUGUUCAGCAAUAACGUACAUGCUUCAGAUAUCAGAGGGGGUGCUGGAUGAGUUUGAUCUCAGGAAAUACAACACAUCAGAUGAGGGUAAAAGGAGACUCUUCCCAGCUGUGAUGAACUGCAGAAAAGCUCUUCUUGCUGGCUGCAAUCUCACUGAUCAGUGCUGUGAAAGUUUGGCUUCAGCUCUACAAUUACCAAACUCCCCUCUGAGAGAGCUGGAUCUGAAUAACAAUUACUUGCAGGAUUCAGGAGUGAAGCUGCUCUCUGAUGCACUGAAGAGUCCAAACUGUCAACUGAAGAUACUGAGAUUAUUUGGCUGUAAUCUCACUGAUCAGUGCUGUGAAAGUUUGGCUUCAGUUCUUCAAUCAUCAAACUCCCUGAGAGAGCUGGACCUGAGUAACAAUGACCUGCAGGAUUCAGGAGUGAAGCUGCUCUCUGAUGCAUUGAAGAGUUCAAACUGUCAAUUGGAGAUACUGAGAUUAUCUGGCUGUAUGGUGACAAAGGAAGGCUGUUGUAAUGUGGCUUCAGCUCUGAGUUCAAACCCUUCACACCUGAUAGAACUGGAUCUGAGCUACAAUCACCCAGGAGAAUCAGGAGUCAAGCUGCUCUCUGAUAGACUCAAUGAUCCAAACUGCACACUGGACAAACUCAAUGUUGAUCAUGGUGGGGAGUUAAGGAUUACAGCAGGACUACAGAAAUAUGCCUGUGAUAUCACACUGGAUCUAAACACAACACACACUCGUUACUCUCUGUCUGAUGACUACAAAGGGUUGACAUAUGAAGAGGAGAUGUUAUUCCCUGAUCAUCCAGAGAGAUUUAAUGGUGACUGUCUUCAGGUUUUGUGUAGAGAGACUCUGACUGGACGCUGUUACUGGGAGGCUGAAUGGAGAGGCGAGGCUGUUAUAUCAGUGUCGUAUAAAGCAAUCAGCAGGAGAGAAUGGAGAGAUGACUUUGCGUUUGGAUUCAAUGACAGGUCCUGGAGUCUGUGUUGUUUUAAUAACACUUUCACUGCCAGGCACAGUGAUGACAAAGUUGAAGUAACUAUCCCUCCACCCAUCUGUAACAGAGUAGCAGUGUAUCUGGACUGGCCGGCCGGCACGCUGUCCUUCUUCAAUGUCUCUGAAACACAAACCCUCAUACACUUACACACUUUCUACUCCACAUUUACUGAACCACUCUAUGCUGGAUUAGGAGUUUGUGUUGGCUCCUCAGUGUCUCUUUGUGGUAUUAAAAAACCUCAUGUGAUGAAUGACAGUCCCACACGCGAUUAUCAAAGUGUGUUUACUUUAGGGCCAUCACGGCUGUUUUGGGAUUAUACUCUUGUCCAAGCAUUACAUGGAGCAGGUGGCUGGCAUAGAUGAAUUACGGACCGGACCAGUGGGGCCAGUGCCCAGGGGCCCUUGACUUACAGGAGCCCGGGGGGUCUCUGGGCUGCAAGGUCUUGCGACCCAUCAACUUUGAAAACAAAUGUUUAUAUAUGCUUAAAUAUGUGGGCCCCAGAGCUUACAAGCCCCCCUCAACAGGUCCCUGUGACUAAGAGGGCCCCCAGCCCUCUUAUAAGACCCUUUUGCCUUCCUGUUUCUAAUUAAAUUUUUUGAGCAACUCUUUAAUCUUAUAACGCCGCAAGUAUCAUAUUUGAUACAUGACUAUCUAAAGCCUCUACAUCAUCACGAUGUGUAUGAGAUGUCUACUGUCUUCUGGUGAACAUUUUCAUGCUCUUCUGGAAGUAGAAGAUCUUGAUAUAUAAUUUCCAAAAUAGAUACCUUUAUGUUUUGAUGCACCCAUAUUUUUUAUGUGAAAUCUUUGCUGAUUUUGAUAUAGUAAAAUGAACAAUAAUGUUUAUAUUGUUACUGAUAUUUCAAAAUUAGUAUUUAUUGAAUUCAAGCAACAUGUGCUUAAAAUUUCAUUAUUUAUAGAAAAAUAGGGUUAAACCGGUUUAAAAAAUAUAAUUUUCUGACUGUUAUGUCAUAUGGAAGGCUUUAUGGCAAUGACACUCAUUGGUUAAGCUUUAUCUUUUUAUAAAAGGGCUGUCAAACAAAAACGUUUAUUAUACUAUAACUGCAUGUUUGCCCUACAUUACCGAUAAAAAAAAAAAAAAAACCUUGCCUUAGGUGGUUGGGAAAAAGACAAUAUUGAUAUUUUACUUUGUGUGGUUCAAAAGUACUGACUAAACUAGAUACGUAAAGUUUGUCGAGACAAACUUGUCUGAUAGUUUAAAUAGUUUUAAAAGUUAGAAUUUUUAACAGGUUUUACGGUAAGAAAGAAAGAAAGCAGAUUAAAGGGCUUGUGUGUAGGUUUUGACAGCUGAAGUUUGAAAUCACAAACGUUCCAAAGCAGACUCAGAUUUUUGGACACUUUGAAAAUGCUUAAAUGAUGCCUUCGCAGGGCUUUUAGAUGGAAGAAUAAUAAUAAUGGUAGGCAAGCUGUAGGGUCAUUUCAAACAGAAUUUCCCCUUCGAAGCUCUCACACUGUCUUUGAAGGAUAUAGGGAUGAUCACUUCUGAAUGGAACGCACCCCAUCAUUCAGAUGAGUUAAAAAACGAGCCAGAACUGCCUGAACUCUUUGCUGAAUUUCACAGUUUAAAUAUACAGUAGCUGUUCAGCGAACGAUUUCGGUUGAGCGGUUUCUGUACCACAUCCGUGCUGUGUGUUUGAAUUAAUCUGACUUUAAAUAAUAGUACAGGUAUUAAAAGAGACUGAAAUCAAUGAAAAUAGAUUGCGUAGAUCUCAGCUUUAAAAGAUAAUUGGACCGGGGGGCCCUAAAAGAUAAUUGGCCCCGGGGCCCUUGCUAGUCAUAAUCCACCUCUGGUGGCUGGGCAUGUGCGGCUGCUAAUUCAUAAUAGUGGAUGACUAGUUGCCCAGAAAAUUAGCCGUCUGGUCUCCUUUUUCACUAACACACAGGAUGCAGUUUGUGGACUGAAGAAUUUUCCUCCUGUUUUCAUCAUAUUUAACAAGCACACUGGAAUCCUGUAAUCCACGAAUCCUGAACUAAACGUGUCGACCAGUGGCAGAACUGACUAGUUGGUGCAAAUGUUAUUAGGUGAAUGAAAUAAAAUAGGUUACAGUUCAAUAAAUUGAGUAAAAUUGUUCUAAAAACUAGAUAUAGUACACAUGUACACAUAUACAUGUCAGAGUUGGAGUCUUUUGGUCUUGGUCUUCUGACUUCUCGAGUCCAUAUACAGUAAAUGGGGUUUGGGUUUUAGUAUCUAGUCUUAUUUCCAGUGUACUAAAGGUGGUAUUUAACCACUAACACUCUAGUCUGCAUAUUAUAUUCACCAUAAGUAGUGAAGAUACUUCUAGAAGUAACUGAACAUGUCUGCCAUGGGGGUCAAACUCUAUAUAUCAAACUCUAGUCUCUCUGGAAUCUCAUUGACCACACUAACUUGUAGCAGUUCAGUCUGGCAGCAAGAUAAAUAUUGUAAUAUUGGACUGAUAAACUUCUAUACUGCACUGAUUUCAAUAUACUCUUUGCUAUAGGUCUUUUGACUCUUUAGUAAAGUUGCACCUUGUUCAUUUCACAUUAUUUCCUCUAAUCAAGUGUCAGUGUAUUGUGAGUACAGUUCUCAUAAAAGUUGUCUGACUGUGGUGGCGUAUUUGCACAAUAUCAUGUGGUUCCUUACAUGUAUCAUGGCAGUUGUGAGGUGCAAUGCCACUGAGUGUCACUAAAAGUGGAUUAUAUGUUCUCCCAAACAGAUGAGAUUUUUAAAGUUAAUGCUCUAUCGAGUUUUAAAUCAACAAAACUGACCUCCCUACCCCACAAGUGUACUCUAAAGUUUGGAGGAUUAUUAUUAUUAUUAUUAUUUUAUUUUUUUGUAAUACAGACCCUGUUGUUUAAUUUACUUUUGUUUGUUGCAUUAUUUAAACUCAUUUAUUUUCUAAAUAGCAAACAUGCUUUUAUGCUCCUCUUUAUCUGAUGUUAAAUCUUAAUUGUGAUGCUUUUAAAUUUCCACUCCAAAGUCGAUUUUGUGAAAUAAAUUGCAGGAGAUAAAAUCUCCUGUGAAUAAUAUGAAUCAGCUUUAGAAUAGAAUAAUUUAAAUGCUGCAAUCUAGAGACUGACAUACAUUUAUUAACUGAAUAAAGUUUGUUUUUAAUGUUCAAUUCAUUGCUUUUGUAGGUUUAAACAAACACAUUUCUGGAUUCAUUAUCAUGCAAUGUUUAAUAUGAAUCUGCACAUGGAAAUAUUUAUUUUUUAACCUACUGAAUGUUGGUAUAUUGUCAGGUGCUCAGUAUAUGUGUGUGUGUAUGUAUGUAUAUAUAUAUAUAUAUAUACUGUCAGGGUUGGGAGGGUUACUUUUAAAAUGUAAUCCGUUACAAAUACAGAUUACUUAGUAAAAAUGUAUUCAGUAACUUAAUCCAGUUACCUCAAUAAGAAAGUAAUGUAAUCAGAUUCCUUUGUUACUUUUUGAUUACCUCAAGAUUGCAUAUGUGAAUAAAGUCAAGAGAAAAGCAA